AACAAUUAGGCCUACAUGUAGCUGUUGUCUCUCUGUGUUAUCGUUUUGAUGAUUAACUGACAAAAUGUGCGUAUAUCAGGCAAUAUUUCGAACGAUACGACACUCGUUGCAAGAGAAACACAGACGUGAGUACCAUGAUGCAUUUUAUUAAAUGCAUUCUUUUUUUGACGCUUUUGGAGAUUGUUGCUAAAUGUAGCCCUAACGAACAAGAAAAAAAGUUAAGUGCCAGAGUAGCGGGAUCAUCAACAACUGAAAGUAACAUAAUGAUAAAUAUUUUGGAUCAAUUAUACGCUAUGAAAUCAAAUGUACAGCAAUUAGAGAAUGAAAUGAAGUUAGCCCUUACAUCAUGUGAACGGCGAAUACAAGUUAUAGAAAACCGCAAAGAAACUAGAUGUGUAUCGGGUACUGUAGGUCAUGCUGGGUUUAAACCGACAGCUACAUGGCCCUAUUCCCAAAGGAUAGCUUUUAAUCCUCCGUUUGAUGGAACUCCAACCGUAACAUAUGGUUUAUAUACACUCGCUUCCAGCGAUGAAACAAAUCUUCGGGUUGCAACAUUGGUAUCCGACGUAUCCAGAACUGGAUUUCAGAUAACAUUACGGACAUGGUCCGGCAGUGAAUUGUUCGAAGCCGCCGUCAGUUGGAUGGCAUGCGGAAAAUAGAAUUCAAAGAAAUCAAUAAAGAAUAAUCAUUAUUAUUCUGUGGAAAUUUUCUUGAAACAAAAAAAGAAAUUUCACUUUUGACGGUUUUUUCUUUUCAAAGUUGUACCAUCUUUUCUGUUGUUUUAAUUUGAAAACUUUCGUCUUUUUGUAAAAGAUUUUUUUGCAUGAAAAGGAUGCACAGUGGAAGGUUAAACUACGAGUAAAAGAUAGGUAUAAAGCACCGAGUUAGCUUUGCU